GGGAUAUAGAGUGACGGCGGCCGCUCUCGGACACAGUCGCGUGCGUAUCUCGCAAGAAGUUGGACCGCAAGCAGCAAAGUGCAAGAAGUGCAUCGCUUCGCGGACUGAAAUAGUAUUGGUUUCAGCGCGACGCGGUUUCAGUGAGCUUUGUGGUGGAGUGAUCUUGCCGUUAUUAUGCUUGUUUUAUGAAGAUACUGUUCGCAGUGGAUUCGCCUGAAACGAAGGAAGGCGCGCGCUCUUCUACCAAUUCACCGGAGUCCUCGCUCCGGGAGUCGCCAGGUGAUUUGUUCGAUGUUGGUAGUUGAUGCUCACUUUUGUCCGCCUGCUGUGUUUUUUCGUUGUUUAUGCAUGUGGACUAGAGACUAGUUUAGAGGAUUAUUGCGAUGCAACCGUUACGAGAUGCGCUCAGGUCCUCCGACUCUACGGCAGCACUUCAGGCUUCAGCAACACUUUAACGCGCCGCAACAGACGCACACUGACUCCAACAACAACUCGCCCGCAUAUAACUUCCAUCUUCAGAACAAGUGUACAGUGUUAGUACAGGGCGAAGUCUCAAGUGCCCCCCUGGUGGCGGCGAGCGCGCAGCCUUCCGCCCCAACUAGUCCCCAGUCAAGUAUGCUCCUGCUCCAGACACAGACCCCGUUUGGCUCGAGCAGUUUCGCGGAUCUGCUGAGUGCGCCCUUUUCGGACGACCCGAGCAGCGUCUUGCCCCCUGAAGACCUCGACCCCUUCCCGGACGUCGCCCUACAGUCGCAGCCGGCCUCUCCGGCGCCGCUUCCCAGCUUCCAGGAGACCUACUCAGUCCGUUACAACGCUCCGUUCAAAAUGGACGAAGAAUGCUUCAACGUCUCCUACCACCACCCCCCACACCACGUCUCCGCGCCGCACCAUUACGACUACCAACAACUUCAAUACACCGCUUCCAGCCCUUACUACCCGCCCCCGCAGACCUGCAGUCCCGGCUUCGACACCCUCAUCUCCCAAGAAACCUACUCCCUCCCAGCCUACCAAACCGCCACGUCGGAACUCCACGUCAGCACCGCUUUAAGCCCCCGCCAACGUCGCGCCUCUUUGCCCCUCCAACGCUCCGAAAGCACCAGCAGCAGCGAGAGCCCCAAACUCCGGAUGCCCGGACCCUCCGCCAGCUCCUCGGCGGCGAGUUCCCCCGGAGGCAUCGCCGAGCCGCCCUCCAAAGGCCCCACACCCCCGUCCCCAUCCCAACUCUGCGCCGUCUGCGGCGACACCGCCGCCUGCCAGCACUACGGCGUCCGCACCUGCGAGGGCUGCAAGGGCUUCUUCAAACGCACCGUCCAGAAAGGCUCCAAGUACGUGUGUCUCGCCGACAAGGCCUGCCCUGUGGACAAGAGGCGGCGGAACCGGUGCCAGUUCUGCCGCUUCCAGAAGUGUCUCGCCGUGGGGAUGGUCAAGGAGGUCGUCCGGACGGACUCCCUGAAGGGCAGGAGAGGCAGACUGCCGUCGAAACCCAAGUCUCCGCAGGAAUCACCACCGAGUCCUCCCGUCUCACUCAUCACAGCUUUAGUUCGCGCACAUGUCGACACCACCCCUGAUCUCGCUAAUUUAGACUACUCGCAAUACCUAGAGCCCAGUCCGAUCGAGCCGGUCAUCUCCGAAGCCGAGAAGAUCCAGCAGUUCUACACCCUGCUGACCACCUCGGUGGACGUGAUCAAGAACUUCGCCGACAAGAUCCCCGGCUUCCAGGAGCUGUGUCCCGAAGACCGGGAGCUCCUGUUCCAGUCCGCCUCUCUGGAGCUGUUCGUCCUCCGGCUGGCUUACCGCACGCACCCGAACGACACCAAACUGACGUUCUGCAACGGCGUCGUGCUGGACAAGCAGCAGUGUCAAAGGUCCUUCGGUGAUUGGUUGCAUGCCAUCAUGGAGUUCUGCAGCAGCUUGAUGGCCAUGGAGAUUGAUAUUUCGGCGUUCGCCUGUCUGUGUGCACUCACCCUCAUCACCGAGCGGCACGGUCUGAAGGAGCCCCACCGUGUGGAGCAGCUCCAAAUGAAGAUAAUCUCCUCGCUGAGGGAUCAUGUGACGUACAACGCGGAGGCGCAGAGGAAGGCGCACUACUUUAGCCGGCUAUUGGGCAAACUGCCGGAGCUGAGGUCCUUGAGCGUGCAAGGACUGCAGAGGAUCUUUUACCUGAAGCUGGAAGACUUGGUCCCGGCCCCUCCCCUCAUCGAGAAGAUGUUCGUAGCUAGCCUACCUUUCUAAAUUGUUAGUUGAUAUUUUUCGAAACGUGAUAAACUCUUCUAUGUGAUUUGUUAAAUAGGUCGUACGUAUUAGUCUUUCCCGAGGGCGAGGGAACUGCCCGAAAAUCCGGUCACGGCCUAAAAAAGACGCUUUUUUGGGACGAUGAUGGUGGGGCUGGUGGACUUUCGGGCAGUUUCGCCAGAUUUCGAAUUAUGUUGAGAACUUUUGGUGUUGCAGUUCUUGUGCACGAUAGACACCUUUUCCACUUUGAGAAACACGUCACUGUAACCUACUAUCGAUGUUUUUUACGUUUUUUGUAAAAAUUAUUGUUGCUUACUCUCGUAGGCUUAGUUCAACCUAUUGAUGUUUGCUGUUUCUAGUGCUCGGGCACUCAGAACUCGAUUCUGAUGGUCACAAUUUUUCUUUGUGACGAACUAUAUUUUGAAUACGCGACCAAGAGAACGAACCUGAAGAUAAUACUCUAAGAGCAGAAACUUAUGUUACAACUUUACGUGAUAAAGAUAGUUAGGGUUAUAGUAAUAUAUUGUAAGCUUUUAUUAUUUUUUCAAUGUUACCACUACACAAUCGUGUGGAACCACUAAUAUAUGCGAUAUACCUAGUCAAGGCACUGUACAUACUUAAAAAAAUAUUUUAUUUACACAAAAAGAAUUCUAUAUUUUAAUAGUUAUGUAAUAAAUUACCUGUCGGGAGUUACCUGCAACUAUUUAAUUUUUAUAUUCGCUUUAUUUGUGUAUUUUUAUAUGAAACUAAAGAAUAGUCGAGAGCUUUCCCCUUGUAAAUGUUGACCAAAAUUGUAGAAUUGAUUCCUAGUUUGAGGGGGUUUUACUAAUUUCGCGCUAGUUACCAGUCGACUUGAGAAUUAAAUGUGCCAUUUCAUAUCUAUAAUUUCAUAUCAACAACUGCCUUGGAUCGUAACGGAUGGACUGAAAAGAGAGUUACCUGAAGGAAUGGUCGAUAUUUGGGUGUUACCUGCACCUUUAUUCUUUAAAAAACUUACACCGUCCGCUUAUAAUAUUAUAGUCUUAAAGAAAAUAUACAAGAGCUUUAGUUGAUGUCCUUUUCGCACUAACGGCUUCGUUCAAGGAAUUUAAGAAAAUAAUUUAUUGUAAAUAAGAUGCUAAUAUAGAGAUAUAAUUGCUAUUUUUUUAGCAUACGGUUCGGGCAAACGGGAACCUUGCAAUAUUCGUCAUCUCUAGAAUUUUGUACCUGCUUUAUUUCUAUCUGUUUUGUAUAUUUUGGAGAAAAUAUGUGUACUUAAUCGACGAUCGCUAUGGAUUAUUUUCCAAAAAGAACUUUUUUACCAUGUUAUAGGCAUUAAUACUUUUUUUUGAUAGGUUAACCACCUAUCGUACUUAAAGCACAACUUGUUAACUACAUUUUAUAAAUUUAUUAUUGACAUGAAACUUGCCAUUAAAUGCCAGUUUUUACUUGCUGUAUUGACUAGAUUAGAUUUUUUAAGUUUUAAAUUAUGUUAGAUAUAGUUACCAACAAAUCCUAUAUUCUACAGCUCUGUAGAUUAUGUGUAAUCGUAUGUGUUAGUUUUUACCUGAUUCUAUCGAAAAGUAAUGAUAUACUUAAGUGAACAAUUACUACAGCAAUUAUUUCGCAGAUUUAGAUAUAUCAUUAUAAUGUAUUUAACCAUUUACAGUUUACUUAUUUAUCAUAUCAUUGCCUUUUACCUUUUUCUUUUUGUUAGGUAUAUGAAAUAUAUUGUAACAAUUUUAUUUGAUUUAAUAAAAGUUAUGAAGUAA